UAAUUCUAUACAUCUGUUUAAAAUGUGUUCCACAUUAAAGUUAAUUAAGCAUUAUUAAUAUUGCACAAAGUGAUGCACAGCAUUCUUUUCUUAACAGAAGCUAUAAUUUGCUUUGUCAGUGGCUUUAGUAUUUAUUGUAUGUUCUAUAUAGACGUCUAUAAAAAAUACGGUAACAAUGUUUUUUCAUCUUAGCUAUACAUAUGCAGAUAGAAACAACUGAUAAAAUCUGCAAACUGCACACGAGUUGAAGAACCACAAAACUUGACUGUAAUUAAACGUAAACCAAACUAGUUGAUUAUGUACACUAUGUGUUUUUAGUAUUUUAAUACUUCUUGAAUUAAUUUAACAUUCGUUUUCAAAUCCGGUUACAAAUAAAAAUAUUACAAAUCAGGUUUAUGCUUACUCCAUAGAAUGCAAAUUACACCACCAUUUGUUCAAGCAAGUAAAAGACGUUGCGAUUCUGUGGUAAUAAUACGGUGUUGCGACCUGUCUAGAGCGUACAUAGACGCCUAGAUAGUUAACAUGUCAUUGGUAUUUUACCGAUACGUAACUGAUAUCACAUUAUCGGUCAACCGCACAGCCAGUGCUUUGUCCUAUACAUGCAGAUAGUGAAAGGUAAUUCCUAAAGGCCAGGAGCAUUAAGAGGAUGUUUGAAUGAAAUCAAAUUUAUUUCUUUUGCACGAUUGAAGGCAAAUUAUCAGUCGCUUAGAUAAUUUCAUGUUCAACUAAACUUUAGUUACGAAGUUUUCUCUUAGCCGAUUAAUAGCCUGUAUACCCUGUGCCUCCCAGUUGCGCACUCUUUUGGAAGCGAAACAAAAACACUCCUCCGCAAACAGAAUCACCUUGACAUUAGUAAGCAAAUCCACUUCAACUACAGCAAAUGCCACCACCAAAGCUUUUGGACGUAAACAUUGAAAGCAUACCCAUUCUGGAAGUCGCACUAUAUAUCUGCCAUUAAGUAAUUCAAUUUCUACGUCGUGCAAGUCUGCAAUUUAACCUAAAUACGUGCAUUUAAACGUAACAGCACAAAAGUGCUUUACCAGUAAGACAUGUUUUAACAAUAUGAUCUGGAGCAAUGUUAUGUAAUGUGUAAAGGAUGCUUUGCACAAAACAAAAAGUAUUUUUUUCAAAAGCCCUAAAAAGGAUUUUUUAUAAAGAAAAAUUAUUUUAAUCUUUGGAAUUUAAAACAAACCAAACCACAAUUGUUUCGUUGCAUAUAUUCCGAAGAUAACGUGCAGGUCUGGAAACAUGCAAUACAUACCAAUUUUAUGUAUUAAGCAUUCCGUUAGCCACAUUUUGUAAUACCCAAUAGCGGGAAGUAAGGUUCCCUUUCGCUUUCACCGGUUAUUUAUUAAUGCAGGUUGUCUCCAAAAGUGUCAAAAUCUUGAAACUCGUUUUGUACAGACUCUACUACUACAAGCUAAUAUUGUUUUUGAUUCAGUUUUUGUGAAAGGCAAACGUUUACAAAGCGAUUGAUUUUCCUUCUAUGUUUAGUAUGCGCAUCUAAGGAAGGUCAGAUCGGCUCUGUUAACCGAUGUACAGCUUUCAAUUGUAUUGGAAGACGAUUAAGCUCCAUGAAAGUACUGAUGAAUCGUGACCCUCUCAGGUCUUCGCUGGGGACUUUAUUGAAUGGAAACUGUAAACCUAUAUGUAUUUUUUCACAUAAGUCUCAUACAUAAGUCUUAAAAUAUAUAGUAAUUUUAAAAAAUGAUCAAAUAUUUUUGUUUUUGAAAAAUGUUGUUUGAACAGUACAAUAAAUACGUAUUUUUCUAUAACUACAUGCAAUGUAUAAUUACAUUACAUUACAAUAUUGCUAAACGAUCACGAAAAAAAAGAAUCACAGCCACCAAUUAUGUUACCAUCCCAUCGCAGAGUUAAGUUCGCUAAAACUGAGACCAAAACGUUGGUAGGGGCACAUGAGCAUCUCGACCAUGCGGAAUGCGCCAGCUGCGAAUAAGCGGCUGAUACUUCGUGCACGACAUUCCAGUUUCACUCGGGCACACGACCUGACGCGACGUGAAGCGCUGCAAUCGCAGACAAACCGUACGAUCAACAUCGUAGUCUUUGUUUGAGCUUUCCGUGCAUCCUGAUUACUUUUUCCAUAUUACAUUUACUUCUGUAGUUGCUAGCUACAACAGCAAUAAUGUAUGAACAAAGUAAUAGAUCACGAAUAUGGUGUUUACUGAUGCUGCUACUCAUGAAUGAGUCACUUGCGCUACAUUCAUCCUAUAUGGAAACAGUAAAGCAAUGGAACCUACUGAACUAUAAUUUCCCAUGGGACUAUCCUGUAUCGAAUAAAGAUUUUUACAAUGCUGAAAACGUUGUUGCGACUGGAAUCGAGGUUGGAUAUGAUCGAAUCUUUCUUGCCACACCACGACUGUUCGCGGGAGUUCCAGCGACAUUAUCUUCCAUUUCCCGGGACAGUUACGGUGAUUCGCCGACUCUUGAAGCAUACCCAUCCUGGAGUCACCAUCGAGCCGGCACAAAUGAAUACAACUGCUCGGACAUUGGGCUUGUGUCCGUUUACCGCAUCCGGAUUGAUUCGUGCAAUCGUCUCUGGGCGUUAGAUGCCGGUGUUUCACGAUCACUAGAGGAUUUCGAAAUUACUUGCCCUCCAAAAAUACUCGUAUACGAUCUGUACACCAACCAAGUGGUACGGAGAAUCGAUUUCCCUACGGAAGUUAUCCGGGGUGAAUCGCUGUUUACCAAUAUCAUCGUGGAUGAGACUACGUCCAGUAAAGAGAACCAUUGUGAUGAUGUUUUUGUCUACAUAACUGAUACGGUAGCACCGGGCAUUGUUGUGUUUGACAGUGGAAAAGAUCUCACGUGGCGACUUUCUCAUCCUGCAAUGUAUCCGGAUCCCGAUUUCGCCGAGUCAAGGAUUCACGAACAUCGUUUCACGCUGAUGGAUGGUGUGGUUGGGUUGGCGUUUGAUCCGGAAGCAGCUAUUCUAUACUUCCAACCUCUGGCGACAGAUCGUCUCUUCUCGGUCAGCACAGCCGCACUGCGUCUCGGGCCUCUAGAAUUUGGCAAAGAUCUCCCCGUAAAGCUGGUUGGACGCAAAUCGUCCCAAGGAAUCGGUCUGGCGGCUGCACCGCGAGGUGGAACAAUUUUCUACUCCCCUCUAUCAGAAACAGCCGUAGCUUCGUGGAAUCCACGCACCAAUGAACACAGCCUACUCGCCCAAGACAAGGAAAGAAUUCAGUUUGCCGCUGAUCUACGUACACCUGAUCGUGAUGGUACAGCUCUCUACAUACUGACGUCCAAAUUUCAUCGUUUUUAUCUAAAAAACCUCAAUGCCAAUGAAAUUAAUACUCGCAUUUUGCGCAUCGAUGGCGUUGUUAAGCGCAGCACUACUCAACAACAGACUACACAUUUUUCCAACCAGCAUAGAUUUGCACCAACGAGAUCAAGCUAUGAAACUGUUUCCAGCAACAGUUUUUACAGUUUGCCUACAUCUUCUUUAAGUCCAAAACCACUGCCAGUUAGUUCCUCCCUAUCGUCUAAUGAUGUCAAAUCUUAUGCAACAUUUGUACAGAAUUUUUAUCGGAAACAGCCACAACCGUAUAAUUACGAACCUGUCGCAGUUAUCGACAAAACAAAGCCAAUCAAUCCCUUUUUCAUAUUGAACAGUGGUGAGAAAACGUUUCCACCACCACAUGUACCAAGGCCACGAUUUGGACUAAAUGGUGAAGUAUUUAUUCAGAAAGUAAAUCCUCACUUCAAUGACUUCAAUGGGUUACGAUUUCAGAAAAGCAUACAUUUCAACGAUUCUACUGUUCUACACUAGUUCAAGUAUAUUAAGAUAGAUUGUUGUGAAAAUAUUCUAUUUGUUUUUCAAUUUCCAUGCUCUUAUCUGAAUCCGAAUUAGCUUGAAAUCCCAUUACCAUUGUUUCCAAUCGAUUUUUGUGACCUGUGGGUUACUUUUCUUGUCCAUAAUAUUGCUUUAAAAGAAACGCGAACGCGUACUACGUUAGCAAGCUUAAAUUUGCGAAUAUUUUAACAUUUACAUUGUCUUGAACAUCUUUUUGAUUUGCCAUAAUUAAAUGUAAUUGAAUGAUUUGUGUAGCCAUUACUUCUCGUUUACACUGCAUUUCUGCUAAUUCGAAACCAAUUACGAAGUUGCCUUCAAAUAAUAUAUUACAAAAACUAAAGCACCGAUCAUCAUGUUCAUUAGAUUUGUCCCAAUCUUUAUAUUUAUUAUAUUGAAUAACCUUUUUUCCAUAUUUAUCUUUAACCGGGAACAAAUGCGUGAUUGAAGUAAAGCUAUCCAUCAAUUGUUAGUACUAGAGUCAGUGGCGGAUUUACACUUGUGGAACGUGUGGGGUGCUAAGCGUGAAAGCAAACGGGCCUCUGCGAAAUUCAUGGAUUGAGAAAAUAGUUCUGAUGUUAUACACUGGUGAGCACUGAGACCUCCGCGCCUACUUAGUCCGCUUACCGUUGAACCCGUCACAAACUGGGGUCAAUGUUGUUUAUAAUUACGAUUUAGACCAAAUAUAUCAAUGAAUAUAUCGAUGGGUGCGAAUGCCAAUAAUUUUUUUAAUGGAAUAAAGAACAAUCAUAGUUAAGCAAUAUAAAAAGAUAUACAGAAAGAGUUAUCUACGCUACAUAUACUCAUUUAGCGAGGAAGAGAAAAAUGAAAAGAAAUAAAGAAAAAUGUGUUGGUUAAGAAAACAUUGUAAAUAAAAACGUAUCUUAAUAAACCGAUUUGUUACUGUUGCUAUUCGAAAAACAAA